CUUUUAGUUCUUCUUUCCAUACAAAGACUGUCCAGCCAUUUCUAAGAUUACUCCAAUAUCACUAUGAAAAUUUUUACUAUUCACUUUGCAUGGAAACCUUGAAAGGGUACCUUAAAAAGAGAGGAAAUCAAGUCAACAGGAAAGUGAAACCCAGAGUCAGAUUCAUCCAGAAAGCAAACUCAGAUUCUGGAGGGUUUCGUGUGAGUUGUUUGGCAACAGGAUUUUACCCUCGUCACAUGAACCUGACCCUGUUUAGAGAUGAGCAGCCUGUAGCUGAUCAUGAGAUCACUGGAGGAGAUCUGCUGCCCAAUGGUGACGGGACGUACCAGAUGAGGAAGAGUCUGGAGAUCAGUGCUGCAGACAAACACAAAUACACCUGCUCUGCCACACACCUCAGUCUUGACAACAAACUGGACGUCACUUUAGAGUAUCCAGGGGAAACAUUUGAGUCAGUGACGACUUCUGUGCUUGUGGUUUGUGUAUUGGGGUUGGUGUUAUUGACACUGGCUGCUAUUAUAUGGAUCAUUACAUGGAGGAGAAGACGGCAAUCAGUUUCUACAAGUGAUUACUCCUCUGCAUCUACAACAUCAGAUUCAUAAGGUUUAUGGGUAAAAUAAUGUGAUUGGCUUAAAAAAAUAUAUAUAACAUCCUCUGUGUGUGUGUGUGUAUGCUAUAGUAACAUCCUCAGGGAAAUUUCUGUAUGUGAACAUACACCAUGUGUAGAUAUGCAGUAAUCUACCUUUGUACUUACUGAAAUGUUAAAAUACUCAUAUCAUUUAUUAUGCAGUAUGUAAAAUUACUGUUGUUUCUAAAUGUUAAACUUUUAAUAUCAAUUUAUCUACACUCAAAAAAAUUAUCUGUAAAAGUAAUGCACAAUAUACUGUAUUAAUUUGAAGACAUUUUCCAUAGGCUAUUUAUUUUUACAUGCUUUUUGAAUUUUACUUUGCAUUGAACUAUAUAAUAUCCACAAAAUUAAUGUAUAACGUCCUGGCAGAAAAUUAACAGUAGCCUAUUUUAUUUAUUUAUUUAUUUUUUUAAAUAUAUUUUCUCAUUUGAUUUUACUUUAUAUUUUGUGCCUCAUCUUUUGUGCUGACUAUUGUGGAUAUGUGAAGAUCUUUCAUCCAGAUUAUUUUUAACUUUCUAGCAGUAAUUUUGAAAAGGUUUAAUCUUGCAGGUGAAAUAGUACAUUGAAGAUUAUAAUGCACAAAACAGUUCCACAAUACAAUUGUUUAGCAAAACACACAAUAAAUGAUUACUAAACGUGUAAAUUGUCUUUUUCAAUAGGAAAAAUUGUCAGAA